AUGUCGUCUAUACCAAUUUAUUACGAUUGGAAUUCUACAGUAUCAUGUCCUCGAUGUUAUUAUGGAUCAAUAUGUCAAUUCACUACAUUAUAUUAUAGUAUUUCACUCGAAUCUCUUCUCUAUACAUCUCUUCAAUCGACGAAAAUUUUCUUAAUACUUUUUAUUGGUAUAAUAUGUAAUACUGUAUCAAUCGUAACAUUUUGUCAGAAAACAACACGUGAAUUGAUUAGUGGACUUUAUCGAUUAUGGAUUGCAAUUAUUGGACAACUUGGUACAAUAAUAUUAAUUAUUCGUUUAUUUAUUAUAUUUAACAAGAAAAAUACUGGAAUUAUUAAUUGUUUUGUUCUUGAUUAUUUGAUAUAUGUUCUUUCUUCUUUACAUUAUUCUUUAACAGCAUGUAUGGCUAUUGAAAAGAUUGUUGUUGCUUAUAAACAUUUAUCUUUCGAUAAAGAAGGUAGUCGACAUAAAGCUAAAAUAAUUAUUCCAAUAUUAAUUAUUUAUCAUUUUCUUAUUGCUUUUUAUAAACUAUUUCAAUAUCAACUACGUGCUGAUUUACAUUCUACACAUAAUUAUUUUUUAAGUACUUUCGAAAAAAUAAUAAAUAUAAUUCAUCUUAUACUUCCUAUUAUUUUCAAUUUAUUCUCGCCCAUAAUUUUAAUUAUUAUUCUUGUCAAACAUAAAAUAACUUUAAAACCAGAUGUAUCAUUAUGGUCAAAUUUUAAAGAAGUAUUAUAUACCUAUCGACGUAAUAUUAUUAGUCCCUAUAUUCUUGUUAUUUUCACAAUUCCUUAUCUUAUUGUUGCAUUCUAUUUCAAUUGUAUUACACAAUCAUGGCAAAAUCAACUCUAUCUUAGUGUCUAUUUAAUCUAUUUAAUACCAUUGAUGACAUCUUUAUUUAUCUUUAUUUUUCCUUCACCAAAAUGUCGAGAAGAAUUAUACAAAAUGUAUCAUCGUUUAAUUUCAUAUAUAUAUUCAAGACGAUAUUAA